AUGGCUACUCUCGUCAAGCCCCUGCCGGCCGCGGCGCUGCGUCCGCUCCUCACCUCGUCCGUCUGCUCGCCAGCUUCGGCCCUGCUCUCAUCGAUUCCCCGCCACGGCCGGCGGCGACAUGCCACGGCGCGGCAGACACCCGGCCGACACGAACCACCGGCCUGGCCGAGCUCGCCGAACCCGACGCCCUACGAGAUCUUGGACCUGCCCAGGGAUGCCCCCUACGCCAAGCAGCGCUUCAUUCAGCUCGUGAAGCUCUACCACCCCGACACUGAGCAUCAUGACGGCCACCACCUCGGCCCAUCAUCCUCAUCCUCCUCCCCAACCUUCUUGCCCUCCGCCUCGGUCUCCGCCUCCGCCUCUGCAUCCGCGCCGCGUCUGCCGCGCGCCAUCCGCCUCGAGCGCUACCGGCUCGUCGUCGCCGCCAACGAUCUCCUCGGCGACCCGGCCAAGCGCCGGCUCUACGACCUCCACGGCGUCGGCUGGUCCCACGGCCACGGCGCUCCGAACCUGAGAGACGCCGACCGCGCCUGGCGGCACCGGCCCAACAGCGCCGCCCGCAACGCCACCUGGGAGGACUGGGAGCGCUGGUACGAGGUCCGAAGCGGCAAGCCCCGCGAGCCGACCUACAUGAGCAACGGCCUGUUUGCCACCCUCGUCGUCGCCAUGUGCAUGGUCGGCGCCCUGGCCCAGGCCAACCGCGCCGAGUCCUCGGGCGCCGACUUUGUCGAGUACGCGCAGCAGCGCAACGCCGACAUCGGCCACCAGAUGCGACGCGACGGCAUGGCGCGUGCGGGGCGGUCCAAGGACGAACGCGUGGAUUCGUUCUUGAAGGAUCGGGAGAAUGUCGCCUACGAUUACGUGUCGAGCAGGUACGACGAGCCUCGGCCGCCGCCUGACGGGACCGAAUCGGCGUGA